UCUCAACAAGCUUUAUGGAUGAAGAGGUCGAGGUUGAUGCCUUUAAAAAAGAGUUUAAAAGAUUCAAUAGACCAAGCGAGGAUGACAUAAAAGACAUCAUUGAUUUCACUCAACCUGAAAGGUUUAAUGAGAUCCUUACUAUCCAGACAGUAGUUGAUCCUCCUCCAUUAGGAGCUUCAAUCAGUGAUGUACAAUCAUCGUGUAAUGAGUUGGGAUUAACAUUACCAAGUGAAUGGAAAGUUUACAGUCUCAAAACCAUACCUGGACUGAUAUUCAUUACUAAUCCAUUCCUGUGUGGAGGGCAGCACUAUUGGAUGCAAAAGUGUCUAUUACAGUAUCCAUUACUACCCAAUGUCACUAACUUAGACUCACACAUCAGCAGAACAGGAUCAGGACAAAUAUGGCCAAUUGGCAAAUUAAGGACUGAUUUUGAUGAUGCUAAGUUGCUAACAAUUAACUGAUCGGUGCCCAUGGCUAUUGCUCUCAAG